CUGAGUGCGCAGACGCGAACAUAAGCCCUCUUCCUGGUAAGAUGGCGCUGGGGUUGAUGCGCGGACGCCGGGAGCUUCUCCGCCUGCUACUGCCCCAGCGUCAGUUCCACAGCGUCGCAGGGCCUUGCCAAUGGCCCCGGAAAGCCCUGACAGCGGGGCUCCGGUUCCCAGCUGUCCGCUGCUGCGGGCACCCGCACUAUGUCCUCCUCGCGGCCCCAGGCCCCCGGGGCCUCAGUACCUCUGCCAUCUCUUUUGCAGAAGCCCAGGUUCAGGCCCCUCCGGUCAUUCCUGCAACUCCCCCACCUACAGCAGUACCUGAGGUGGCUUCUGGAGACACUGCAGAUAUCAUCCUGGCUGCUGCAGAACAGAGCUUCACGGAGCUUGGGCUGGGGUCAUACACCCCAGUGGGACUGAUCCAGAACUUACUGGAAUUUAUGCAUGUUAACCUAGGCCUACCUUGGUGGGGGGCCAUUGCUGCAUGUACAGUCCUUGCCCGCUGCCUGGUGUUUCCUCUCAUCGUGAAGGGCCAGCGAGAGGCAGCUAACAUCCACAACCACUUGCCAGAGAUUCAGAAGUUUUCCGCUCGAAUCAGAGAGGCCAAGUUGACAGGAGACCACGCUGAAUUUUACAGGGCGUCCUCGGAGAUGACGUUCUACCAGAAAAAGCAUGAUAUUAAACUCUUUCGACCUCUCAUUCUACCUCUGACUCAGGCCCCGAUCUUCAUCUCCUUCUUCAUUGCCUUGAGAGAAAUGGCUAAUCUUCCCGUGCCCAGCCUGCAGACAGGUGGCCUCUGGUGGUUCCAGGAUCUCACACUAUCUGACCCCACUUACAUAUUACCUCUGGUGGUCACUGCUACGAUGUGGGGUGUCCUUGAGCUAGGUGCUGAAACUGGCAUGCAAAGUUCUGACCUUCAGUGGAUGAGAAAUUUUAUCAGAUUGAUGCCCCUGGCAGUCUUGCCCAUAACUAUCCACUUCCCCUCGGCAGUGUUCAUGUACUGGCUCUCCUCCAACAUGUUUUCCCUGGGCCAGGUGGCCUGCCUCCGUAUUCCAGCUGUACGCACUGUACUUAAAAUCCCCCAGCGUGUUGUGCAUGACUCAGACAAAUUACCUCCCCAGGAAGGCUUCAUAAAUAGCUUCAAAAGAGGCUGGAAGAAUGCCGAAAUAGCACAUCAGCUACAGGAGCGUGAACAACGCAUGAAGAAUCACUUGGAGCUAGCAGCCAGGGGUCCCUUACGACAGACCUUUACCCACAACCCUCUGCUACAGCAUGGAAAGAAUGGACCUCCCAGCACCCCCAAUAGCAGCAGCAACAAACCAAAGUCAAAGCAUCCCUGGAGUGACACACUUGGCUGAAUUCUCCUCCCUGCUUAUACUGGCAGGAACACUCUCUCUCUUCAGAGACUCAGCCUUAGAACAAGAACUGAUGCUGGGUCCUUGCCCCAGACCUAGAAACUGUGGGACAUGUUGAUGUUCAUUUUAAAAGUGGAUUCCACUACAGACUUUUCCACCUAAGUGUAAAAGAACACUGGGGAGCCGAGUGAUCUUCCCAUCCGCUGAGUUAGUAAACUUCCGUACUGCAUGCUGCUCCCUGACACUUCUUAAACAGGGAAAUGGACUGAGUGCUUCAGAGAAAAGAAUAGGUUGGUUGGGUGGUGAUUGUUCUUGUUGGCCCAUGCUCUUAGGAGGCGUCUCAGUGUUGUAACCUGGCAUUAAGGGCUUAGAUGUGUUGUCCCAUCCGUACUUGCUUUGUGGGCAGAGGUAUGUGUGGUAAGUGGAGACUAUCUGGAGGAACCACAUUCAUUUACCCCAAGAUUUACCUAUAAAAUAUCCUUCAAGAAGUA